AUGGCUAAAAAUACUUCCAGUUCAGCUUUUCGUAAAAUUGAUAUAGAUCAAUAUAACGAAGAUAACUUUAAAGAAGAUGAAGCCGUGCAAUCCGUACCAACUGGACCUGACGAGGGAGAAGUCUGUGGAUUACUCAAUCAAUAUCCUUUUAAUAGUCGAUAUGUUGAAGCACUGAAACAUGUUUUAAGCAAUGCCCCUCUAGGAUCUUCAGAUCAACAGAUAAAAGAUAAUGCAUUAGCUCUGACAUUAAAAGUAUUACUGGCAAUAAAAUCUGCCCAAAUUGAAGAAGCUGUUGGUAAUUUAUCUCUGGAUGAUAUAGAUAUCUUAAUGAAAUAUAUUUACAGAGGUUUCGAGUAUCCCUCUGAAGGAUCAAGUGGGCACCUAUUGCUAUGGCAUGAAAAGGCAUUUAAUAUUGGUGGUUCUGGAUCUAUUGUCCGAGUUCUAUCUGAUAGAUUAAAAGUU